AUGUAUGCCCUCAAGUUCCCAGCAUCAGUCUGCUAUCUGGGCCAGCAGCCGGACCCGACCACUCCCACCAGGUACCGGUGGGUGGUUCCCUCGGGGGACCCCUGCCAGUGUACCGAGUUUCGAAUGGGCGGGGUUAACACGCACCCCUCCCUCAGACCAUCCGCGGUCAGCACUGGCAACGGCUCUUUUCCGAGGAGCGGCGAUCCGGUGGAAAUCCGAAAAUGGUUCCAAUGUCCGGAUCCGUGCGUGCCUUCACCGUGUCAAAAUGGCGGUACAUGCGAGACGGUUGGGUUUACCAGUUAUAGAUGUGAUUGCCUGCCGGAAUAUCAAGGUGUAAACUGCCAAGACAAACACCCGUGUUUCUUUACACCGUGUCAAAAUGGUGGUACGUGUGAACCGCGUGGACCAAAGUACUUCUGCCACUGCCUGCCUGCGUACUCCGGCCAUCUCUGCCAAGACGAUAAACCGUGUCUGUCCAAUCCAUGUCAGAAUUAUGGAACCUGCUCAUCUCAGCCUACUGCGAGUGGUGUGGGGUAUUCAUGCAAUUGCUCGUCAGAUUUCUUCGGACCAACCUGCGACUUAUCAGACCCGUGUCUGUCCAAUCCAUGUCAGAAUAAUGGAUCCUGCUCAUCUCAGCCUACUACGAUAGGUGUGACAUAUUCGUGCGAUUGCCCGUCUAAUUUCUUCGGACCCACUUGCAACAUAUCAGACCCGUGUCUGUCAGAUCCAUGUCAGAAUCGUGGAGCCUGCUCGCCUCAGCCUACUGCGAACGGUGUGACGUAUUCGUGCAAUUGCCUGUCAGCUUUCUUCGGACCCACUUGCAACAUAUCAGACCCGUGUCUAUCAGAUCCAUGUCAGAAUCAUGGAGCCUGCUCACCUCAGCCUACUGCGACUGGUGCGACGUAUUCGUGCAAUUGCCCGUCAGGUUUCUUCGGACCUACCUGCGACAUAUCAGACCCGUGUCUGUCCAAUCCAUGUCAGAAUAAUGGAUCUUGCUCUUCUCAGCCUACUGCGACUGGUGCGACGUAUUCGUGCAAUUGUCCGUCAGAUUUCUUCGGACCAACCUGCAACAUAUCAGAUCCGUGUCUGUCACAUCCAUGUCAGAAUAAUGGAUCCUGCUCACCCGAGCCUACUGAUACCGGUGCGACGUAUUCGUGCGAUUGCCCACCGAAUUUCUUUGGACCCAACUGCAACAUAUCAGAUGACCUUUGA